UAGAAGUGACAUUUAUACGAGGCAAACAAACAACUUCCAAGUUUCCAACAUUUGAGGAACUCAACUCAAACCAAAAAAAGAUUUGUGAUGUAAUGAGGCAAGUGAAGCAAAUUCAUGGUUACACUCUAAGAAAUGGCAUAGACCAGACCAAAAUCCUUAUUGAGAAGCUACUUGAAAUCCCAAACCUUCACUAUGCACACAAGGUGUUGCACCAUUCCCCAAAGCCAACCCUUUUCCUCUACAACAAGCUCAUUCAAGCCUACUCCUCCCACCCUCAACACCAACACCAAUGUUUCUCCCUUUACUCCCAAAUGCUCCUUCAUAGCUUCCUACCAAACCAACACACUUUCAACUUUCUCUUCUCUGCAUGCACCUCCCUUUCUUCCCCAUCCCUUGGCCAAAUGCUCCAUACCCAUUUCAUCAAAUCAGGCUUUGAACCUGACCUCUUUGCAGCCACUGCUUUGCUUGACAUGUAUACAAAAGUUGGUACUUUGGAGCUGGCACGCAAACUGUUUGAUCAAAUGCCUGUGAGAGGGGUGCCCACGUGGAAUGCUAUGAUGGCUGGGCAUGCAAGAUUUGGUGAUAUGGAUGUAGCUUUGGAAUUGUUUAGAUUGAUGCCUUCUAGGAAUGUGGUGUCAUGGACCACCAUGAUAUCAGGUUACUCGCGGAGCAAAAAGUACGGGGAGGCUUUGGGGUUGUUCCUGAGGAUGGAGCAGGAGAAAGGGAUGAUGCCCAAUGCAGUAACCUUGGCAAGCAUUUUUCCAGCUUUUGCAAAUCUUGGAGCACUGGAGAUUGGGCAGAGGGUUGAAGCAUACGCAAGGAAGAAUGGGUUCUUUAAGAAUUUAUAUGUGAGCAAUGCUGUGUUGGAGAUGUAUGCAAAAUGUGGUAAGAUUGAUGUUGCUUGGAAGGUGUUCAAUGAGAUUGGCAGCUUGAGAAACUUGUGCUCUUGGAAUUCAAUGAUCAUGGGUUUGGCUGUCCAUGGAGAAUGUUGCAAGACCCUUAAGCUUUAUGAUCAAAUGCUGGGAGAAGGAACUUCACCUGAUGAUGUGACAUUUGUGGGGCUCCUCUUGGCAUGUACUCAUGGAGGCAUGGUUGAAAAAGGCAGGCAUAUCUUCAAGUCAAUGACCACAUCCUUCAACAUUAUUCCCAAACUAGAACACUAUGGAUGCAUGGUUGAUCUCCUAGGCCGUGCCGGGCAAUUGAGAGAAGCUUAUGAGGUAAUACAAAGAAUGCCCAUGAAACCAGACUCAGUGAUAUGGGGAGCUCUAUUGGGAGCUUGCAGCUUCCAUGAUAAUGUUGAGCUGGCUGAGAUUGCAGCCGAGUCUCUAUUUGCACUUGAGCCUUGGAAUCCAGGAAACUAUGUCAUUCUUUCCAACAUUUAUGCAUCAGCUGGCCAAUGGGAUGGAGUUGCAAAGCUCAGGAAAGUGAUGAAGGGAAGCAAAAUUACAAAGUCAGCUGGACAUAGUUUCAUUGAAGAGGGAGGCCAACUGCAUAAGUUCAUUGUGGAAGAUAGAUCACAUCCUGAAAGCAACGAAAUUUUUGCCUUGCUUGAUGGAGUUUAUGAAAUGAUAAAGCUUAAUAGAAGUGCAUUUGAAUGUCAUUUGGAUCUUGAUUUGAGCAACUAUUCAUAGGGAUUAAGAUUAAUCAUAGUGGAUACCCCAAACUUGUAACCUUGAAAUUUUCCUCCAUUCCCAUUUUGGCCAAGCAAAUGUGUUGGCAUUUA